CCCUCGGACCCUUGUCUGCGGCUCCGGCUUUGGGAAGGGGCUACGGCCGCGGUGUUCUCGGGCGGUUGCUCUCCCGGAAAGAAUCCGCGUCCUCCCCACCCAACCGUCAUUCCAGGUGCCCUUAGGGCGUCCCGGGCGGCAGCAGCUCUGGAGGCCUGUACUCUGAAAGGUGCUAGAAACAAAGCCUGUGAGUGUGAUCCAGACUCCAGAGCCCCUAACGCACCACCACCAUGGUAGGAAAAGGUGCCAAAGGGAUGCUGCAGGCAAUGGAAGAGGCAGGGGAUGCAUCAGUGUCGCCCGGAGCUGGCAGAGGUGUGAAUGAGUGGAGGAGACACACGCACUCCACUCCAAGUGUUCACCCCAAGAUGGCGGCGGCUCAGGGACCUGCAGACCCCUCCUCCCCAGAACAGAUGUCAUGGAGAAUGAUCAGCCAGCCUAUCCACAUAGGCGUGGAAGGCACGUCCUAUAGCCUGCAUCCUGCUGAGCCUGGGGAAGCUUGGGCACAGGGCGAGGCAAUCCCCACCCAGGACAUCACCCAUGAGGCUUAUGAGGACAAGUCAGAGAAUGGUUCUAUGCCCGACGAGAAGGACCACAGCCUCCAACGGGGCAACUGGGGCAACCAGAUCGAGUUUGUACUGACGAGCGUGGGCUAUGCCGUGGGCCUGGGCAAUGUCUGGCGCUUCCCAUACCUCUGCUAUCGCAACGGGGGAGGAGCCUUCCUGGUCCCCUACUUCAUCAUGCUCAUCUUCUGCGGGAUCCCCAUCUUCUUCAUGGAACUCUCCUUCGGCCAGUUUGCAAGUCAGGGCUGCCUGGGGGUCUGGAGGAUCAGCCCCAUGUUCAAAGGUGUGGGCUACGGCAUGAUGGUGGUGUCCACAUACAUCGGCAUCUACUACAAUGUGGUCGUCUGCAUCGCCUUCUACUACUUCUUCUCGUCCCUGACGUCCGUGCUGCCCUGGACCUACUGCGAUAACCCUUGGAACACGCCCAACUGUGUGAGCAUGUUGGAAAACCCCAACAUCACCAAGAGCACGCAGCCUUCUGCCAUGCCUGGCAACAUCUCUCAGGCACUCAACCAGACCCUCCAGAGGACAAGCCCCAGCGAGGAGUACUGGAGUUUCUGCGUGCUGAACCUGUCGGAUGACGUUGGAAACUUCGGGGAGGUGCAGGUGCACCUCCUCAGCUGCCUCCUUGUCUCCUGGGUGGUUGUCUUUCUCUGCCUCAUACAAGGGAUCAGGUCUUCAGGGAAAGUGGUGUACUUUACGGCCACAUUCCCCUACGUGGUGCUGACCAUCCUGUUCUUCCGUGGUGUGACCCUGGAAGGAGCCUCCACGGGCUUCAAGUACUACCUGACUCCACAGUGGGACAAGAUCCUGGAGGCCAAGGUAUGGGGGGAUGCCGCCUCCCAGAUCUUCUACUCGCUGGGCUGCGCGUGGGGCGGUCUCAUCACCAUGGCUUCCUAUAACAGGUUCCAUAACAACUGUUACCGAGACAGUGUGGUCAUCAGCAUCACUAACUGUGUCACCAGCGUCUAUGCUGGCUUCGUCAUCUUCUUCAUCCUGGGCUUCAUGGCGAAUCACCUGGGUGAGGACGUGUCCCAAGUGGCAGACCACGGCCCAGGCCUGGCCUUCGUGGCAUACCCAGAGGCCCUCACACUGCUGCCCAUCGCCCCACUCUGGUCCCUGCUCUUCUUCUUCAUGCUCAUCUUGAUGGGGCUGGGCACUCAGUUUUGCCUCCUAGAGACGCUGGUCACAGCCAUUGUGGAUGAGGUAGGGAACAAGUGGAUCCUACAGCAAAAGAUUUAUGUGACCUUGGGCGUGGCUGUGGCUGGCUUCCUUCUGGGUAUCCCCCUCACCAGCCAGGCAGGCAUCUACUGGCUGCUGCUGAUGGACAACUAUGCGGCCAGCUACUCCUUGGUCAUCAUCUCCUGUAUCAUGUGUGUGUCCAUUAUGUACAUUUACGGUAAGUGCCCAAGCUUCCACGGCCUCCUGUGUCCCAGCCCCGGCCUGCUCAUGCUGUUCUGUGGGCUGCUGACCUCCCUCUGUCCAGGGCACCAGAACUACUCCGAGGACAUCCAGAUGAUGCUGGGGUUCCCACCGCCCUGCUUCUUCCAGAUCUGCUGGCGCUUCAUCUCACCAACUAUCAUCUUUUUGAUUCUCAUCUUCCUGGUGAUCCAGUACCAGCCAAUCACCUACAACCAGUACCGUUAUCCAAGCUGGGCCGAGGCCAUUGGCUUCCUUAUGGCUCUGUCCUCUGUUAUUUGCAUUCCAUUCUACGCCCUGUUCCACUUCCAGAGAACAGAUGGGGACACCUUCCUUCAGCGUUUGAAAAACUCAACAAAGCCAACCAGAGACUGGGGUCCCGCCCUCCUGAAGCACCGAACAGGGCGCUACGCCCCCACCAUUCCACCCUCCCCUGAAGAUGGGCUUGAGGUCCAGCCGCUGCACCCGGACAAGGCCCAGAUUCCCAUGGUGGGCAGUAAUGACUCCAGCCGUCUGCAGGACUCCCAGAUGAACGCCUGCAUGUCACUUGGCAGCUCUGAGGUCCCUGCACCUCCUUCCAGCACUGGCUGUCAGGGCCUGCCCGGCAGAGGCCCAUGACCCAACAACCUGCCCAAAGAAUUCGUUUCUGGGGGUUAGGGAUGGGGUGAUGCUCAGCAGGAGGUUUGAGCCCAGAGCCCCGGGGAAGUGGACCCUAAACGACACCCCAUUGCCCUACCACCACUCGGCUGAAGCCCAGUCUUCCCUAACUGGGCUACCCUUGUUCACGUGCCAAAUUGAGCCUGUUUGCCCGAACCACUCUCUGGAGCCAAAACUCCUUCCCCCAAGCCCUGCAGUGUCUGUGUGUCCGUCCUCCCUGCAGUGACAGCCCUGGAAAGGCCGCCUCUAAUCCUCUGUAGCAAUAACAGUGCGCCUCCCACCCCCAACCAUCUGCGUACCAUUAGGAUUUUAAGGUCCAUAGGUUUUAAUGAAAUUUCUAUUCCUGUUUCUGA